AUGACCGCCUGUUUUCCUCUUCUUCGUCUCUCCAAUAAGGAUCAAUGCAAUGUUUUUCAACAUUUGGGAACCUUUGAUUUAUUCGCCUUUUUGCUGUGCUCUAAAGUCACCAAGACGAAAAUAGUUGCCCUGAACCGAAAAAUCCAAGGAAUCGAUAUAGAAGCUUCCUCGAGGAACUACAUAGUGUUACGACCAGUUUCUGAGGAGUCAGUUAGACUUGUUUUCAAAAAAAGAAAUAUAAAAACUGUUCGACGUAACGCUAAAUAUUAUAAACUUGCAAAAACAGUCUUGUCCGUGCGAGGUCGCUUGGAAGUUUCAGAAUACUGGAUUCAACGUAGAUUUGGUAUUCGAGAUUGGAUAAAUCACAUCAUGGAAAUAUUUAACCAUCCGGCCAUUUUUAUGUUUCAAAUAAUUGAACACGAUGCAUAACUCGAGCCAGAUUUGGAAGAGAUGUGUAAUGCAAUUAACGGAAUAAAGUUUUGCAAUGUGCAAACGGAGCGUUGUACAGAGCAGACUAUCAGCUAUUUAAGAAACAACUUUCCGUUACGGCAAUUAACUUUCAAACUCCCGCUCGGUCCAAACGUCUCACAGAAAUCGAUUCAAACGAUUCUCGUCGGCAAUAUAGAACGUGUCGUGUUUCUUCAAGAAGACUCGCGACGAGAUGUCACAUUGAACAGCCUCCUAUCAGUCAACUGCACCUACUUAACUAUAACAGCGUCAUCGCUAACUUUUAAGGAGAUUAACUUGUUUUUCAAGCACUACAUCAACAAUGUAAAAUGGAAGCUGAAAAAGGCAAUGUUUGCAGCCGACUCGUGGGACAUGGCAGUCGUGCUGAAAAAUAUCAAUUAUACGGUUUAUUUGACGAGGAAGCUACAAGGACUCAAAAACCCCGAACUUUUCUCGAAGCAUUUUGUUGAAAUCCAACGGAGUGGCUUGUCUAAGUUAUGUGUAGGCCUUGUUGGAUGUCGUUAUGGCAUUAUGUUAUCCAUUGGUGUUCUUGGUGAUUGA